AUGAAUCCCAUCUCUCCCGCGGCCGACGACGGUGCGUCUGUGCCCAGUCAAAAGGCCAAACCUCUCGCAUCCGACCUGGUAGACGACUCGCCACCUCCCUCAAACCGAUUCGCCUUCACGCCCGCCCAGCUGCACACCCUCCUCACCUUCCGUAGCUUGGCAGCUCUCGACGUCUUUGGCGGGGUGCGCGGCCUUGCUGCUGGCCUCCGCACCGAUGCCGUCGCCGGUCUUGGAGUGGAUGAGACCGACCUCAACGAAACCAUCGCCUUCGACGAGGCCGUCUCUGCCGGCCGGCAAGGCCGAAUGCCAGCCUACCAACCUCACGAGCCGCUCCCCCCUGUACCUCAUGCGCUGCGGGUAGGUGAUGGUCACGAUCGGCCCUUCGCCGACCGGAAGCGAAUCUUUGGCACCAACCAGCUACCUCGACGUCGGCACAAGUCCUUCCUCAAGCUGAUGUGGAUUGCCUUCAACGAUAAGCUCCUCAUCCUUCUCACCAUUUCCGCAUCCAUCUCCCUCUCCAUUGGCAUCUAUCAAUCGACCAACACCAAGUUAGGAUCCUCGAAUAUCGACUGGGUCGACGGCGUCACCGUCGUCGUCGCCGUUGUCAUCAUCGUCCUGGCCACGGCUGCCAACGAUUGGCAGCAAAACCAUAAGUUUGAGAAAGUCAACGAGCGAAAGCGCCAGCGCGAGGUGACCGUCGUCCGCUCCGGCAAGGCCCAAAAGAUAUGGUGCCACGACGUGCUUGUCGGCGACGUCAUGCACAUCGAGGCCGGCGACGUUGUCGCCGUCGACGGAGUUCUCAUCCAGGCUUCGGGGCUUCACAUCGACGAAUCAUCCAUCUCAGGAGAGUCUGGCCUCGUCCACAAGACCGUCUUGGCGGACCACGAUGCUGAGCAUGCCGUGCUUGCCGAUCCUUUCAUCCUGAGCGGCACCACCGUCACCCGUGGCGUCGGACGCUGUCUGGUGACGGCCAUUGGUGCCAAUUCAACCUACGGUCGCACGCUCAUGUCCUUGCGAGAAGAUGUCCAAGAGACGCCCCUCCAGGCGAAGCUCGGCCGCCUCGGGAAACAACUCAUCAUUUUCGGCGCCGUCGCCGGAUUCAUCUUCUUCAUCAUUCUGUUCAUUAUUUUCCUGAUGAGCCUACAGGAACCCCACCCCAGGGGCGCUUCCGGCCAAGCCGAGAUCUUCUUCCACAUCCUCAUCCUCUCCAUCACUGUCGUCGUCAUCACCGUGCCGGAAGGUCUCGCUCUCAACGUCAGCGUCGCACUGGCCUUUGCGACAAAGCGGAUGCUCAAGGACAACAAUCUGGUCCGGCUGGUUCGCUCGUGCGAAAUCAUGGGCAACGCGACCUGCGUAUGCUCUGACAAGACGGGCACUCUUACCCAGAACAAAAUGACCGUCGUGGCUGGCCGUAUCGGGUUGGAGAAUAGCUUCGACGACACCGGCACCGUCGCCAUUGGAAUCGGCGAGCCUGCACCCAGCGUUGCGACGCCUGGGCGCAACUCAUCAUCGACUCGAUUUGCCGCCUCGUUGUCGAGCGAGGUCAAAAGCCUGAUCAAGGACAGCAUUGCCCUCAACUCGACAGCAUUCGAGAGCGACGAGACGUCCGAUUCAGAGUACUUCGGUUCCAGCACAGAAACGGCGCUGCUCAAGUUUAGUCGCGAUCACCUCGGCAUGGGGCUGUUGAGCAUGGAAAGGGCCAACAACGCGAUCCUUACCAUGCUGCCAUUUGACUCAACUCGAAAGUGGAUGGCAGUCCUGGUCAGGCUGCCCAAUGGGAGGUAUCGAUUACUCGUCAAAGGUGCCGCCGAGGUGGUGUUCGAGUACUGUGCCUUUCUUGUCGACGAUCCGACCUAUUCUCUCACGGCCGACCGCCUUUCCGAGGAUAAUAGGACUGCCUUGCGCGAGACCAUCAUGGACUACGCCAACAACAUGCUGCGACCGGUUGCCAUCGCCUACAGGGACUUUGACGCGUCGGAGGUUUUUGAGAACCCAGAAGACGACCCCGCCAGCAUCAACAUUGAAUGGCUGGCGUCCGGAUUGAUCUGCAUCGGCAUAUUUGGCAUCCGUGACCCUCUCCGUCCUGAGGUCGUCGAGUCGGUUCGCAAGUGCCAGGAUGCUGGCGUGUUCGUGCGCAUGGUGACCGGAGACAACUUCCUUACCGCCAAAGCCAUUGCAGUAGAGUGUGGCAUAUUCACAGCCGGAGGUGUUGCUAUGGAUGGAGCCACAUUUCGCAAGUUAUCUCCCUCGCAGAUGGACGCCGUGAUCCCUCGACUGCAAGUGUUAGCGAGAUCAAGCCCGGAGGAUAAGCUGCUCUUGGUUUCGCAUCUCAGAUCCAUGAACGAAACCGUUGCCGUCACUGGUGACGGCACAAACGACGCUUUGGCCCUCAAGGCUGCCGAUGUUGGCUUCGCCAUGGGGGUCCAGGGUACGGAGGUAGCCAAGGAAGCAGCCUCGAUCAUCCUGCUGGAUGAUAACUUUGCAUCCAUUGUGAAGGCGCUUAGCUGGGGGCGAACUGUCAACGAUGCAGUGAAGAAGUUCUGUCAGUUUCAGUUCACAAUCAACAUCACGGCCGGAAUCCUUACAGUCACCUCGAAGUUCGCGGGCGAACCCAUCUUCGAAGUCGUGCAGCUGCUUUGGAUUAACCUCAUCAUGGACAUAUUCGCCUCGCUCGGAUUGGCGACGGACCACCCUUCGCCUGAUUUCCUGAAACGAAAACCGGAGCCACGGGACGCGUCCAUCAUUAGUAUCACCAUGUGGAAGAUGAUACUUGGUCAAGCCAUCUACCAGUUGACCGUCGUUUACACCAUACAUUACGUUGGGUGGGACAUUUUUGAUGUUGACACGCGCGGCGAGAAAGAGGCUCUGCAAACGAUUGUGUUCAAUAUUUACGUGUUUAUGCAGUUCUUUAACCAACAUAACUGCCGCAGAGUCGACAACAAGUUGGACAUCUGGUACCAGGGUGUUUUGCGCAACCCUUGGUUUAUCGGGGUGCAAUGCCUGACCCUGAUAGGACAAUUUAUCAUCAUAUUCAAGGGAGGCGAGGCCUUCAACACCGUGCCUUUAUCUGGAGCGCAGUGGGGAUGGAGUGUGCUCUUCGGCAUCCUGACGUUACCAUUAGGCGCCUUGAUACGGCAAGUACCCGACCGUUAUGUCCUGGCAUUCUUCCUCUUUGUCAAACGAAUAUAUCUCGCCGUGACAAGGCCGUUUCGCCCACUCUUUUGCUGCUUCUCGUGCUUUUCCAAACUGCGCGUACGAAAACGUCGCUCGUCGAAUGGCCCAAAGCAGGAGAUGGGCACGGCUGACGACAUGACGUCUCAGAGGAUCCUUUCGGCCCAGAAUUCCAAUCAGGUUCAGGAUACGGCCGCAGCAGACGAUUCAGAAAUGACGAAGACGAAACCAACGGUGGAUUUGCCAGGAAUUAUUGAAGCUGCCAAACUGGGAAGGUCAAGUGGACAAGACGUUUUGGAGCUGCACCCACAAACUCUCAAGGACGACCCCAUACUUAUGACAAGAAGCGACCUUACAGUACCCCCGAGCCAAGACCCGGUGCUCCAGAGGUUCAUGGCUACGGAUUUGGAGGCCGGAAACCGCAGAAGAAGCAUGAGUAUGACGAUGACAAGGGACGUGUGGGUUGAGCCUUCGCAGGCUGCCCCAGCGCGGCUGCGUGAAAAACGAGGGCUGACUUGGGAGGGACUGUUGCGAUCCAAACGGAGGUGA